UAACAGUACAAAGUAUAAUUUUGGUUUGGAUCCAAAUAUUGGCUGGCCUAUGCAAAACAAUAGGUCACGCCAUUGACAAGAGCCAAAACGUAGGCGUGAAAUUUAAACUCUUGCGCGGGCUCGGAUGACGCUCCAUAUCCAAGCUGCACAGUAGUACACAAGCAGAUAUUCUCAUUUAUUGGCAUCCACCUACCGCUCAUCAUCUUCUCUAGCCACAGGCCACAACCUAUAGCUCCUCCAAUCCCGAGCUAGAAGACACAGGAGCCCAUCUUGCCAUCCAUAGUCAUCUUCUCAAACAAUCAAACCCAUAAGAGCUGAUCAAAUGGGGUAGAAAUUUUGGAGUAAAUCUGCUGGGGAGGGGACGAGAGUGAGGCGGAAGGGUUCUGCUCAGGCGACAGAGGACGGCAUACGGGCGCCGCGAUUUCAGCUGCAGCUCUACUGACUCCGCCGCGCUCAAGUGCCAUCACACAAAGGUAACCAUUCCUUCCAUAGAAUGCUUUCCCACUUGUGUUGAUAAUAAAAUUUCUGAUGUAUAAUCUGCCAUUAGCAUCUUAUGUACUAGUAGUAAUAAAAGUUAGUUGGCCGAACAUCUUACUAGUUUAGUGUUGAUGCUUAUUUCACCUGUACUUUAUUAGUGUGUCCUUUUACAUCUAAGUGAAUAUCUCCUUUUUUUUUUUGGAUAAAUCUGUAUGUUGGCACAAUAGUAUUUGAUUUUCUAAAGUAAUUUCAAACUGGUAAUCUGCUUCCAGAUGGAGAGCAAUCGACAGCAAUAUGUGCAUUGCUUCUUGUUGAGGCAAAAGGCUGUAGUGAUACUUCUGGUUUUGAUCCUCGUCUGGUUGAGGAAUAAAAAUGGUAAAAGAAGUAAAUGCAAAGGGGUACGGUAUGGGCCCCUGAUCCAUAGGGAUGUAUGGAGAACAAGUGAAUUAAUUAGGUUGAUCGACACUUCAGAUAGGAUAUGCACACAACAAUUGAGAAUGCCCCGUCAGUUAUUCUACAGGCUCUGUUCUCGUCUUAAGAACAAGGGACUACUAGUUGACACCUUUCAUGUUUCAGUAGAGGAGCAAGUGGCAAUGUUUCUGAAGAAGGUUGGACAACAUCAUUCAGUUCCAUCUGUAGGAUUCUCAUUUUGGCGAUCUGGUGAGACAGUGAGUAGGUAUUUUCAUAUUGUGUUGCGGGCCAUGUGUGAGUUAGCUCGAGAACUCAUUUAUGUCAGGUCUGCCGAUACACAUACUAAGAUCACCAGCAACCCAAACAAAUUCUAUCCAUAUUUUGAGGGCUGUAUUGGGGCACUAGACGGCACACACAUCAGGGCAAGUGUGCCAGCCAAGAAGGUGGAUAGGUUUAGAGGCCGCAAGUCAUACCCCACACAGAACGUAUUGGCUGCUGUCGACUUUGACCUUAGGUUCACAUAUAUCCUAUCAGGUUGGGAGGGGUCAGCUCAUGAUUCUCUUGUCUUGCAAGAUGCAUUGUCGCGCCCAAAUGGUCUUAAAAUACCAGAAGGUAAUUAAACAUUUUGAAAGAAUCGUAAUUAGCCUUGUUGUAAGAAGAUAACAUUAGGCUCAUAUAUGACAUGAUUGAUGGUUGUAGGGAAAUAUUUUUUGGCUGAUGCUGGAUAUGCUGCUAGGCCGGGUAUAUUGCCGCCAUAUCGUCGUGUUCGAUAUCACCUAAAAGAGUUUCGUGGCCCUCAAGGUCCAAAAUGCCCAAAAGAGCUAUUCAACUAUCGUCAUUCUUCACUUCGAACUACAAUUGAACGAGCUUUUGGUGCUCUUAAGAACCGCUUCAAGAUUCUUAUGAAUAAGCCAUUCAUACCCUUGAAAGCCCAAGCAAUGGUGGUUAUCGCUUGUUGUGCCCUUCAUAAUUGGAUAUUGGACGAUGGACAUGAUGAAUUUGUCUCCGAUGAGGAUACGUGGUAUGCUCGCCUACCAAGGAGUAGUAACCGUGUCACUGACAAAGGGGCUGAUGUACGUGAGUGGGCAGCCAAGCGUGACGAUAUUGCCAAUCAGAUGUGGAAUGAUAGAAACAACAUAGAUGUCCACGAUGUUAUGACCAGCGAAUGAGUUACCAACUAUGGGAAAUCGUACUGAAGAUAAUAGCAAGGAAGGUGGCUCUCGUGAAAAGUAUAUCACUUGGAGUGAUGAUGCCACUCAGUUCAUGCUUGAGUGGUAUAUAUCGCUCCGCAAGGACAAACCUACCACCUUCAAGUGGAGGAAACAACACCACCAGCAGUGUGCUACUGCUUUGAAUGACAAGCUUGGACUUAGAGUCAACAGAAGCCAAGUCCAUCGGCAUUUCAGGCUAUGCAAGGAAAAAUGGAGUUGGAUCUGUGCAGCCUUAGGAAAAAGUGGCUAUGGUUUUGAUGCAACAUCAUGCAAAUUUAACAUUGACCCAUCGGAGAAGGAAGCAAACAAACUUGGUACAACUAAAUACAACUACUUGACUAAGCCUAUCAAAUUCUUCCAUCUCUUUGAAGAAUUAUUUGUGGGCUGUUCAAAAGCUGAUGGCUCUCUUGCGAUGGACCAGUUUACUGCUAAUACUAGUAGUGAUAGUGAUGGCAGUGGUAGCAUCAAGGAGUUGGAAGAAUAUACAUUUCCACUGCAAGAUGGUGGCAAUGAUUCCGACACAAUACCUCGCUAUAGUCCGACAACUGAUGCCACUUCUUCAGGGCAGAAGCGUAAGUUUGUGAAAUCACCUACCAAGAAGAUUGUGAAGCAUAAAACGAGCCGCCACAAAGCAGAGGAGGAUGAGCUGAUAGCUAGUAUCCUUAGGCUUGCUAACUCUCUUGCAUCUGCACAGUCUGUUGCAUCUGUUGAAGUGCCCUCUGUAGGAGAUCCAAAUGCAAGUAUUUGGAAGCGCAUAGAAGACCUCACCAUCCCAGCAAGUGACAAAAUUGAACUUGCAAUCUUUCUCACCAAGCCAGAACAAGAAUGCUUUCGUUCUUAUCUGCGAGUUGCAAGUGAUGAAAGUUUCCAAGCUUGGGUUAUAGAUUACUUUGGGCGCAAAUGUGCUACCGAUGGUGGCUAUGUCACUCUGUGAAUCAUUUGCCAGGUGGUGACAUUUUGGUUAGGGAGCAAUGCAUUUUGAUAAACCCAUGUUACUGUUAUAUACUUAUGAUAUAUGCUGCCACUACCAUAUAGGGGAUGGCAGUGUGAAGUAUAAAGUAGGGGUUAGUGCAAACCCAUGAUGUAAUAUAUGGCACUACUAUGUGGGUGAUUACGAAGUACUACUAUGUAGGGAUAUGUGCAAACCAAAAUGCUGUAAUGCAUGAUGUGUUAUUGCUGCA